AUCUCUCUCUGUCUCUCUCUCUCUGUUUGUUAAUCAAUUUAAUGGCCCCUUUCGACUCCGCCGCCUCCUCUGGUACCAGCAGCAGCGGCAGCUCCUCCUCUUCCUCCUCCACCGUCACCAAACCCCAGGACAUCGAUGGCCUCCUCGCCGGCGCAGGGUAUAAAGUUCGCGCCUCCGACCUUCACCACGUCGCUCAACGCCUCGAACGCCUUGAAUCCGCCAUGGUUAACUCUUCCUCCGAGAUCUCUCAACUCGCCUCAGGGACUGUCCAUUACAAUCCUUCCGACAUCGCGUCUUGGGUCGAUUCCAUUCUCUCCGAGUUGAAUCAAACCACCUCGUUGCCGUCCGAUAUCCUCGAUUUCCCUGAUCUUAUUCCCGGUUCUAAUCAGACGGCUGGAAAUGUCUCCUGGACCGAUCCUUGUGUUGCUGCGCAACACCAGAAUUUAUCUCACAAUCAACUUACCGUCGUGACCGCUAUGGAGGAGGAUUCCGGUAUAAAGCUCGUUCACAUGCUCGUUACGUGUGCCGAUUCAAUUCACCGUGGUGAUUUCCCAUUGGCUGGUUCUCUGAUUGUCGAAAUGCAGAGUUUGCUCUCUGGCAUCAACACCGAUUGCGGCAUCGGAAAAGUCGCUGGUUACUUCAUCGACGCGCUCACUCGGCGCGUGUUUACACCGCAUGACACAACCAUUACCACCACCGGCUACGAAAACGAGCUUUUAUAUCACCAUUAUUACGAAGCUUGCCCUUACCUUAAAUUCGCGCAUUUCACCGCUAAUCAAGCGAUUUUAGAAGCCUUCGACGGUCACGAUUGUGUCCACGUCAUCGAUUUCAAUCUAAUGCACGGCUUACAAUGGCCGGCAUUAAUCCAAGCCCUCGCUCUCCGCCCUGGCGGCCCUCCUCUUCUUCGUUUAACCGGCAUUGGCCCACCAUCUUCUGACGGCCGUGACUCGCUUCGUGAAAUCGGAUUGCGGCUCGCCGAGUUGGCCCGGUCGGUGAACGUUCGGUUCGCCUUCCGCGGCGUGUCAGCGUCGAGGCUGGAAGAUGUGAAGCCGUGGAUGCUUCAAGUGAAUCCAAAGGAGACGGUGGCGGUGAACUCUAUUAUGCAGCUCCACCGGCUACUGGGAAACAACAACCGGUCCUCCUCCGCCAUGGAAAUGGUUCUGGGAUGGAUCCGGAGUUUGAACCCGAAGAUCGUUACAGUAGUGGAGCAAGAAGCCGACCACAACCAGACCGGGUUCUUGGAUCGGUUCACAGAGGCGCUAUUUUACUACUCCACCAUGUUCGAUUCGCUUGAAGCUUGCUGUAUGAUGCCGGAGAAGGCUCUAGCGGAGAUGUAUCUACAGAGGGAGAUUUGCAACGUGGUGAGCUGUGAAGGACCAGCUCGAGUGGAGCGCCAUGAGCCGCUUGUCAAGUGGAGAUUUCGGCUCCGACAAGCCGGUUUUAGAGCCCUCCAUUUGGGAUCCAACGCCUUCAAACAAGCCAGUAUGCUGCUAACGCUCUUCUCCGCAGAGGGAUUCUCCGUGGAGGAAAACGAAGGGUGUUUAACGCUCGGGUGGCACAGCCGCCCUCUCAUCGCGGCUUCGGCUUGGCAGGCCGCCCCGCCGCCGGAUGCAACUGCAAAUCAUCCAUUCGGAGGAACAGUAUAAAAUAAAAUUAAUAAUAAUGUAAAAUUCUUUUUUUUUCUUUUUUUUCUUUUUUAAUUCCAAUCGAACCCAAAAAAGAAAAACAGAGAAAAAAAAAUGGUAGUUCCAUCCAUCAGACUGCAUUAAAUUUGAAUAUAAAGAGUCAAUGAUAUGGACGUUGGAUCUAA